CAUCCCCUGCGCCCGGACGUCGGCUGCUCAGACUCUCCAAAAAGGCUUCGAUGGAGACAGGACGGAGCUGUCGGGGUGUUUUUUCGGAGGAAAGUGCUUCUGGGGUGUCUUCACCUGGCGGCUUUCUCAUUACCAGCGGCGUGUAUUUGAAGAAAACGGAGGAGUUCAUCACCGCUUUGUCGAUGCUUGGGGAUUAUGGACAAUUACAACAACGACCGGCGGUGUGACGGUCUGGAUAACGUGAACUGUCUGCGUAAACUACUGUUUCUUCUUCGCGUCCUUCUCUUUCAUUCCAACGCAUUCGUGUUGGACGCGGUUUCUUACGAAAUGUUGAAUUUAGCGCUCUCCCGACGUGAAGGAUAUUCGCGUGGACGUCGCCUGUUGUCGGUCAUGACGAUGUGAGGUGCAGAGACCUGUAGACAGUAUGAUACAAUAUUUUGACAUAACCGUUAUAUUUUUGUUUGUGUUACGCUCUGUCGCGCAUGCCCAGUGAUGGAUACAGAACGCUGCCCAACGCCACUUGGCUCCGUCCUGGCCGUGAUGUAGGAGCAAAAGUGAAGGGAGCGCAUGACUAAAUAAAAAAUGCGUUGGCAAAGUGGCAGCGUGGCGGACCAAAGGAUUUGACUUUGGAUCCUUCGCGAAAUAGGCUGUGGCCCUAAAACUGAAGGAUGUCCGGCUCACCCAGCGCAGAGGCUGAAGGACUAGUCUCCAAAGUGAAAGUGAAAAAGGAGAUCAAGACAAUCGUGAAGAAUUUGGAAACCAUCCUGGGAGACCUCAAGGAUGUAGCCAAAGAGCUCAAAGAGGUUGUUCAUGACAUUGACACCCUGACCGGUGACCUGCAGCUGGAGGAGGACGGACUUACGGACAGCUCCAAGACGGACACGCUCAACUCCAGCUCCAGUUCCACCACCACCACGACCACCGCGUCCAGCCUGGAGAAGAUGAAACUCUUCCCCGAUGACUGCAUCUUCAGACCACCCGUCCUCAUCGACCCGGUCCCCGUCAACCCUCUGACCGUACUCAAGAAGCCCCACCCUCCCUUACCACCACCCAGACUGACCCCGCCGAGAGCCGAAGAGCACAACAUUAAGAAUCUGCCUCAUCCAACGUUCGUGUUAUCAGGGAAUAUAUCCAAGGCCGCCGGGUCUCUGAUGAGGAACGGUGGGAUUUUCCCAUUUAAACCAAACAGGGAUUUCUUCUCCUCUAUGCCGUGUUUCAUUUCUAAUGACGGCGGAAUCCCUGAGUCGGGUCUUGUUCCUACAUUACCCAGGCCCAUGCCUCUUCUCCGCCAUGAAAAGAAAAAAUGCCCCAAGGCCCCCGGCAGGGAGUCUCGUGAGAGGGAACGUGUCCGUUUCAGUGAGACGGUCCAGUACCACGGCUACUGCCCGGACUGCGACCUCCAAUACAACGUAGACGACACGGAGCUACACUCGCAGGCCGAGCUGAACAACCUGAGGCUCAGUCCACUGCAUUGCUGCUCUUCCUCCUGCUCUCCUCCUCCUCAUGUUCUGAUGUUAGAAAACGGCGGCCUCUCGGUCAGCCACAGUUUCCCGCCGACAGCAAACACACCUCCACCUUGUGUGCCUCCUCACCCUCCCUCCCUCAAACCCCAGAAAACAAUCCUACGCAAAUCAACCACCACCACGGUUUGACGGCGAACCCCCCUU